ACAAAAUCAUAUAUACAUUCGGUAUAAUUUGAGAGAAAUUUUUAGACCAAUUAUACGAUCGUCUACCUCAUCAUACCACUUCCUACUAUCAUUCUAUCAAAUUAUCAUCUUCUGUACCAUUAUGGUAUAAUGUGAUAAUAAUUUCUCGACUAAUAUUUUUCCCCCGGAAUAUAUCAAACCAAAUUUUAUGUAUAUCAUGUUAAAUUCUUAACACUUCCUCCCACCAUAAUAUAAUCUUCACCACCACCACCAUUACAUAUCAUAGUAUAUUGUGGUGAAACAAUAUUUCAACUAAUAAAAACGAUUUAGUAUACCAAAGUAGAUGUUACCAUGUAGUUCAUAAUCAAUUUUAUUUUUUCUCUCUAAAAAAUUCAAAUUCAAAUCCAAAGUGGUAUUACUACGAGAUUAUUGACCGAAUCCUCUUGCGAGCUCACCCUAAAAAAAGCAAAUCUCUGAAAUAAGAAAAGCGGUUAGAGAGGUCAAAGCUGGAAUUGAAUUUGCCAUUUUAAAAAAAUUGUGACUACUAAAUCAUUUUUCCACUACUAAAAAUGGCAAACCAGCCCCAACUUCGUCGUUGUACGCAAUUCCUCUACGAACAAACUUCCAUAUUUUCCAUCUAUAAAAAAAAAAUCGAAGAAACAAAGAAAAGCAUUCAUCGAAGCAACAAUAACUCAUCCAUCUCACUCACCCUAAACCAAAAGAAAAACAAAACAACGAAAUAAGGAAAAAUGGCAGGGAAGUGGAGCAGAGUGUGGCUGAGCAUGGCGGUGGUGGCGCUGCUGGUGGUGGCGGCGGCGGCGGCGCACGACGAGGAUUUCGACGACAGCAAACUCGACGUGGUUUCGAGGUUGGACGGCGAUUUCGGAUCGGCUACGUUGGAUGACGUCAUCCCUUCCGAAGUCCUCACCCGGCGUAGCGGCGGCGGGUUUUCCUCCUCCCCGACCUCCGCUCCGGCCUCCGCCCCCACCGACGGCGGCGAUGUGAGCGGCGACGCAGCCUCCCCUUCUACUUCCUGAAUAAUAAGUUAAAAUGAAUUUUAAAUUCGGCCCGUUUGUACGCACCGGCGUGGUCGUCAGAAGGAAAAGGGAUAUGAUAUGAUUGAUCCUACUAUCUCUACGUAUCUGUAAUACUUAAAUACUAGAUUAUAACCCGGCCCUUUGGCCGGAAUGCUCAUAUUUAAUUAUUUGUACUUUUAUGUUACUUUUAAGUCUAUUAACCCGUUUAAUCUUAUUGAUAAUCAUUCGAUCGAGAUGAUACAUAAAGAAAUAAUAUAUAGGUCGAAGAUUCGGAGAAAUAUCAUAAUCAUUUAAGAAUAUAAAAUAUAAAAAUGUAUCAUUGACCCCAUUUUCAUAAUGCUAAUUAAGUCCCUGUUAAAAUGCUAUUGGUUAGUUUUCUUUGACAGUCAAGAAAUAUAGAGUAUAAAAGCUCACUGAAAUU